CAGAGCGGCAUAGAAGAUUAUUAGUGGACUCGGUCAAUUUGGUCUGGGCUUGUUGCCUGCUCCUAUCUUUUUAGACAUGGAAACUCAGGCCAACGCAAAACUGCUACUUAAUCAUGCAACAACUCUUAGGCUUCACACGGGAAAUUUAGUCAACCGCAGUCGCCUUAAAAAGAAAUGUCCUUCCUCGCCAUGUGAAGAGCUUCAAGACUGCAUUCGAGCGACACUCAGUGAGUGGUUUGCCGCAACACCACCAACACUGGCACAGGAGCUGCCCAGUGUUCUUGACUGCACUAUCCCUCAAGCUUCUGAGGCCAUUACGCCAGAGGAAAGGGAGGAACUGAAGGUGUCAGUCAAACUGUUUCUCACCGAGUCUGACUGUUCGUCCAUCAGAAAUGCAGUAGAGAUGGCUUGCCUUUCAUUGGGAGUGUCUCAGCUUGACUCAGUGAUCAUAGCUCCUCCUCCACUCCCUGAUGGGGAGAGCCAGACUUUGAGCCACCUCCAACCUCUAUGGGUGGAACUAGAGGAAUUGGUGCAAAGCCAGAAAAUUGCCGCCAUCGGCACCUCUGACCUUGAUAAGACGCUUCUUGAACAACUUUACAACUGGGCCCAAGUCAAACCCAGCAGUAAUCAAGUGAAUCUGGCCUCCUGUUGUGUGAUGCCUCCUGAUUUGACCGCGUUUGCUAAAGAGUUUGACAUCCAGCUGCUGACUCACAGUGACCCUAAAGAGCUGAUCACGAACACAGGUUUCCAGGAAGCGGUGAGGGAGAGCACCCAGGAUUUGCAGGCAGCAGAUUGGCAGCUGGAGUGGGUCCUUCGGUACUCAGUCAUCGUUAAAAGCAGAGGGAUCAUCAAAUCGAAAGGCUACCUUGUUCACGCUAAGAGAAGCAGUCAGUAGCUCUCAACCCUUUGUCUCAAAUCGUUGACCUCUCAUCAGGGCAUCUGAUUUAUGUAGUCCAUGUAGACUGUCCUUUCUUCGCGGGUGAGGUGCGUUUGUCGUUAUACAGAUAAAGGUAACAUACAGCCAUCUAACAUGGCAGGUAUCCUCAUGUCCAAAUGUGUGUAAGUGCCUCUGUUUUAUCUGACAUGUAUUUUAGUCUUACUGCUCUACGUUUUUUGCUUAGGGUCUGGCCAAAGGGGAAGACAUGUAACUGAAAUAACACACGGGCACAGCAUAAUUCUGCUUAGACAGUCAUGUCAGCAAUCUUAAGGUAAUUUUAAAGAAGGAAGCACUGAACCACAAAUAGCUCCUUUGUGUUUUGUUUUUUUUGUUUUGUUUUGUUUUUUUGUUUUUUCAUCGUCACCUUUUUAAUGUGAUAGCAGUGUUAAUGUAUCAUAUUUUAGAGAUAUCAGAGAUCUGUCUCUUAGAUCCUUGACAAAUCCCCGUGAGAGGAUUAAAAUACCUGUUUGUUGUGCAGCUUUACAAAGCGUCCAGCAUAAACCUGAUAGCUGUGACAAAAUAUUUCUAGAGAGCGAAUGGAAUGUUUUAUAUAGCUUUAAGCUCGCUUCUUCCUAUUUAAUUUAUCCUUUUAUUUUUUUCCCUUUUUUAAGAAUUUUUUUUUUUCUUUUAGUGGUACAUUAAGAUAUGUUCUUCGUUUUAAUUCAGCUUAUCUUUGAAUAGCUCCCUGCUUCAAAGGCUAACUUUUGCUGAUCAAGUAAUAGAUAUCUUGUUGCGCGUCCUUAACGGUCAUAGCAUAAUAUAUCGCCUCAAGUACUCUUCAUCUGAAGGGAUAUUGUAAUAAUUAAAUUAUAAUCAUGCAUUGCAUGAAACAGCAGUUAUUCUUUGUCACUGUACAUAUAACACUGGAAAAUUCCACACUUGAAGAAAAGAAAAAUAAUGAACCUCCACUAUAUAUUGAAAUGUGGGAAUAUAUAUAUAUGGUGUUAUUUAUUCUUCAUGGUUAGUAUUCCUGGUCGGGUCCAAGAAGUUUAAUGAGAAAGAAUGAUUUCUCAAGUACUGUAAAUGUAAUUACUAUUUUCAAAUGCUCUCAUUCUGUAUAUCUUACUUUUGUUUGAAAUUAAACAUGAUAAAACAAA